AAUGAUUGAAUUUAACCUUUUCUAUCUUAAGCCUGGGAAAGCUAGCUCUGCCAUUCCAUCAACACUCGUCGGAGUGUCUACGCUAAGAUGCGGCGUUUAAGAGGAACUCACUCGACGGUUAGCCUUUGCGCCAAUAAAUUCCGCACCUUCUAUCGCCACGAGCUGUUAUUCAUAAUAGGCCCAAUCACCGCAGCUUAAUUAUGAACUUGACGGGCGAGAUAGGAAAAAGGGCUGUUUGGAAGUCUGCGAAGGUUUGUCAGUGGUUUCGAGGCAGAGUGCUUUCAAAAGAGCUUUCGAUACGCUCCUCAAGCUCCUCGUCCACUGAAUAGCAUUUUAUCGCAUGAAUCCACGCCUACGUGGAAUACUCAAGCACCUCUUCAUAAGGACUCUUAAUUCUCGUUCGUGCGAAUGCACCUAGGGUUGCAUGUUGUUACGAAACGCUGGCUGUGGCCCAUUCCCAAGCCGAUCUAAAACCGCUAAAUACCUGAUCUCAUAGCGAAUGUCUACUAUGAUUCGGGUAUUAGCAGGGUUUGUUUGCUUUUCGAGAGCUCACCUUUCAUGAGGCGAAUGCAGACUCGCAGUAUGGCUUGAGCAUAACGAGUCGGAAGUAUCUGCGUUUACUCACCCUUGCAUUUGAUAGCAGGCACCAUGACUGGUGGACAUAUCUCGCUGAUAUUCCCGUGAGGAAGAAUUACGCUCCGUGAACCACGCCGAAUACAAGCCAUGCUUCUCUCUUGGCAAAAUGUUCCGUUGGUUCUGCUAAUCGCAGUACAUCCUUUACGCAUAAGUGGCACUCCGCACGCUCCGCAGGACAAUUUCUGCGUGGAUAUAAGCUGCAAAUCUGGACCGUGGAUGCGUACUCAGACUCUCCGAGGCCAUACCCCUUCAUUCCUGCGCGCGGACUAUCCAUAGCCCCAUCUCCCGCGCUUGACACUGAAACUUCCUCCGCGUAUAGACAUGGCCAGUGUUAUCUCUGGGGAUACCGUUGCUGAGCAUAACAACAGAGAUAGCUGUUGGAUCGUCAUCCAUGGAAAUGUAUACGAUGUUACCAAUUUCUUAGAUGAGCACCCUGGUGGCGCAGCUAUCAUUUUAAAGUACGCCGGAGCGGACGCAACUAAAGCAUAUGAGCCGAUACACGCAUCUGAUGUCGUCACUACACACCUUCCGAAGGAGAAGCACCUCGGACCAGUCGAUCUUGCAACCGCCAAGCAAGUCGUCGAGAUCAAGACCCCGGAACAACGCAAGCGCGAAGCACUUAUGGCGGCUCGUCCUCCGCUCCAAGAGAUCCUAAAUCUUUUCGACUUCGAAGUUCUUGCUCGAUCACUUCUCCCGCCGAAAACGUGGGCAUACUAUUCUAGCGGUUCAGAUGACGAGAUUGCUUUGCGCGAAAACCAUAAUGCGUUCCAGCGCGUUUGGUUCCGUCCACGUGUACUGCGAAAUGUUAGUAAUGUCGAUAUGAGCCACAAUAUUUUGGGGUGCAAGUCGAGUAUGCCUUUCUAUAUUUCGGCGAUGGCUCUUGGGAAACUGGGACAUCCGGAUGGAGAAUUGUGUCUCACGCGUGCGGCUGGGAAAAAUGGGAUUAUUCAGAUGAUUUCGACUUUUGCGUCUUUUACGUUCGAUGAGAUCGUCGAUGCCACUGCGCCUGACCAGGUCCUCUUCUCCCAAUUAUACGUGAACCAAAACCGUGAACUUACAAAAAAGUAUGUCGAGAAUGCAGAGAAGCGCGGCAUAAAGGCACUAUUUAUUACCGUUGAUGCUCCUCAAUUGGGCCGUCGUGAGAAAGAUAUGCGAAUGAAGAACGCUGAUGAUGGGGGUAACGAUGGCGGUGCAAAAAUACAAGAAGGACAGAAAGUUGAGAAGGGCGAGGGGCAUACUCGCGCUAUUAGUUCUUUCAUUGAUCCCAGACUGGACUGGGAGGACAUCAAAUGGUUCCAGACCAUAACUAAGAUGCCAAUCAUCCUCAAGGGUGUCGCUACCUGGGAGGAUACGGUGCUCGCCAUCAACGCAGGUUGCCAGGGCGUGGUACUCUCAAAUCACGGCGGCAGACAGCUCGAUAUGGCUCGCUCGGGUUUGGAGAUCCUCGUAGAAGUCAUCGACGAACUCAAGAAACGCCAGCUCUGGCCGAACCCAAACUUCCAUAUUUUUGUUGACGGCGGUGUUAGGCGUUCAUCAGACAUCCUCAAGGCACUUGCACUGGGUGCUAGCGCCGUAGGAAUCGGAAAGGGGUUCCUAUACUCGUAUUGCGCAUAUGGUCAGGAGGGAGUCGAGCAUGCGAUCAAUAUCCUUAGGGACGAGAUGAUUAUGGAUAUGCGUAUGCUUGGUAUUACGAAAUUGAGCGAGCUCGUGCCCGAGAUGGUUGAUGCGCGUGGACUGACGCAGCACACUGUGCCAAGUCCAGAGCAUGUACUGUAUAACAAUACUUACGAGAAGCUCCAGCUCGCAAAGUUCCGAGAAGCAAAACUGUAGACUCUCGUUAUAUCUCUUUCCGUGCAUCUGGUAUUGUUUCAAAACUUAUAUCCAGUCCUUGUACAUGUAUGCUACUAAUAAAUGAAUGCUAUUUCUAAAGCCCUGAGUACGAAAGUAUCAACGUCCGAAAUCGUUUAAAAUGUAGACCAUUACCCCAAAACGACAGGUUGCGGAUUUUACAAGGGCCUUCCAGCUCUAACUUUCAUGACAUGGUAAAAGAGAGCAGCUACGGCUGCGACAGGGAUGACCAGAAAGUGACCAGCACUGAACUCCGGGAAUUUGAAUGGUUCUCCCUGCUGCGAUGCGGUAAAUGUCAGCGUCGAUGAAUUGGAAUCCGGACGACCAAAGUUACACCCAUGUACGCAUCCCACGUUCUUUGACUCCGCGAUGAUCUGCGCUGUUCUCCAUGCAGGCAUAGCACAUACUUGUAACGUAACAAACGAAAAGAGCCAGAAAACACUCAGAGCAUGGAGGAUAACAUUCCUUCCGAGAAACAGCAUUGCCUCAACCAAAUAUGUUAUAGAAAGAUAGGAUUGACCAGAUUGAGUUCGACCUUUGUAAAUGAGUGUGUUGAGUUAUGAG